GUGAUACUGACUUUCGAAGAAAGUAAAAAGAUCCAUGCAGUUUGUUUUUGCUGAAGCUGCUGAUGCUGGCACAACCACAAGAAAUUGCGAUUGAAAAUUGAAUAGACAAGAUGCCUGAGACCGCGCCCUCGGCGCAGGAUAAGAAGCGUCCUCGCGCCGCCGAGGAUGCAGAUCCGACUGCAGAUAAAAAGCUCAGCAGCUCGAAUGCUGCAAAAAAACCAAAGCUGACCGCCGCCGCGUUGAGCGCCCAUGACAAAGCGAACAAGAAAGAGAGUGCCGCGAAAGGCAAUGAAAAACCCGGCUCUGCUUCACCCGGGGGGACGGAGGAGCUCGACGAGUGUCGGCGGACAGAACGGCUGGAAGACAGCAGCUCGAAAGAAGCGCUGAAUUUGCGAAUCUUGAGUGACGGAAAUGAGGACGAGGAGGAGGAGGAUGAAAAAUCCGAAAAGGGGGCGGGAGGGGACGAAGGCAAAGCAGACGCUGCUGCUGGAUCUGCUGCUGUUCCGCCAGACGAGCAAGACGAUCCUCAGGCCGCGGCUCCAGUCGAUAUGGAGGUGGAGGUAGAUGACAAGGUAGGAGAUGACGUCCCCGAACCACCGCCGGCAGCACCUCCUGUGCUUGUGAAAGGCAAAGAGGACGAGGCUGAGAACAAGAAGCCAGCAGCAAAGGCUGCACCGCCAAAGGGGAAGGAGCCAUACGUGCGUAAGCAGCAGCUUGAGCAAGGCAAAUCUGCAUCGUCUUCGUCUCUUAGCAACGCAAAUUCGAAGUUGGACAAGAGCGCAAAUAACACGUCGCUUGACUUGUUGAACAGUUCAGGGAACUCGAGCGCCAGCAUCGAAGCAGAAGAUUGGAAGUGGAAUGGAGGUACAUGCAAAAUUUGUUCGUUGUACUGCUGCUGAUGAAUUGUUGAUCUUGAUGCAGACUGCUUUUGUGUUACAUGACGAUCAAAUGGAAAAGCAGCACUCAUGUCAACGACAACUCUUUCCCCUUUUCAUUUCAGGUAUCGACCCCAAAUGGGAGAAAUCCUCCUGCGGCAACUUCUACGCAUUAGAUAACAACAAAUUUAAACUUCCCGCGACCAUUUACGACAAGCUUUACCCCUACCAGCGGCACGCGGUCGGCUGGAUGUGGAACCUUUACAAGGCGAAAAAGGGCGGAAUUUUCGCCGACGAGAUGGGUCUGGGCAAAACCGUGAUGGUGUGCGCUUUCCUGGCCGGGCUGUCGGCCAGCAAUCUCGGACGGCACUUUCUCAUCGUCUUGCCGAACACACUGUUCAUUUCCUGGACGGAGGAAUUACGGAAAUGGGUUUGCGAAGUGGUGUCGACGUCGAAAAGCAGUUCCUCUUCCUCUUCCAGCAGCAAUCCAAACCCGCUACAAGACCAGCCCGACCCGAACGAGCUGCCGGGUGUGAAUUUCGGGCCCCAGUUUUUCGUCCGCUACCUGUGCGGAUCCAACAGCAAAAAGGAGCGGCAGGAGUCGAUCCGGAAAAUCGCGCGGUGUGGGGGCGCGCUGCUGACCAGCUACGGGAUAAUCAAAACGUCGUUGGAGCAUAUUUCCUGCGUCGGGCCGCCGACGGAAAUCCAGACGAACAAGCGAAAAGGGAAAAACGCGAAGAAGAAGAACAAAGCGGUGUCCGACGACGACUUUGAUGAUGAGCAGGAGGAGGAGAAGCAGUUUGCGCUACUGCAAGACCGGAAAGCCUGGGACUGCGUGAUCUGCGACGAGGCGCACCAGCUGAAGGAACGCAGCAGCCAGGGGGCGAAGUCGCUACGCCAGGUGUCCGCGCACAGCAAGUUUUUGCUGACGGGCACGCCGUACCAAAACAACUUGGGGGAAAUCUGGUCGCUCGCGGACCUCGCGAUGCCGGGCGUGCUCGGGAAUUUCGCGACCUUCACGCAGAACUUCUCGGACCCGAUUGUGGCGGGGUCGAAACGAAACGCCAGCUCUUUCGCGGUUCUCAAGAAGGAUAAGUUGUCGCGAGAGUUGAAAAACAUUCUCAGUCGCCACUUCCUCCGCCGCGACAAGGCCGGGGUCUUGAAGCAAAUCAACACCGUUGGACUAGUGCAGCAGAACAGUUCUGGUGGUGGUUCUAGCUCAUCCUCGUCUUCGUCUACGGCAAAUAAUAAAAGCGCCGGAAUAAGUUCAACAGAACCGAGAAAAAUGGAACUGCCGCCGAAAAAAGACGUCCUGCUGUUCUGUGAAUUGUCGACGAAGCAGAAGCAGAUGUACAGCGAGUUUUUGAAUUCCGACAUUGUCCGCGAGGCGAAGCUAUGAAUUGCAAAAGUAUCGCACUCGUAGUAGUGCAACACAAAUUAGCUCAGCAUGACAAAGGGAAUCUGCCAUGCUAAUUUAGCUUGAAAAUAAUGAGAUUUGUCUUGCAUGACUGCGAUUAGUACGAGGACGAUACUUUUGCACUGGAUAGAAGCGCGCGAAGAAGUCCGGCAUUGAGUCGUUCAAAGCGAUUUCGUUGUUGAAGAAACUCUGCGACCACCCGUUGAUGUGCCUCCCGUUUGAACCCUUUCACCUCCAAAUGCUGCAGAAGUGGGGAAUGAUCGCCGCGGGUAACGAGGGGCCGGAAGAAGAGGAGGCCAAUUUGGACGAGAACAAGGGCUACGACUGGUCGAAGCUGGUGGACAUGAUCCCGGACCAGCCGGUGCAGGCGGUGGACUUGUCGUGCAAACUCUCCUUGUUGAACGAGUUGGUGCCGAAACUGGUGUUCAACAAGCAAAACCCGCACCGCGUGCUGAUCUUCAGCUACAGCACGCGGAUGCUGGAUUUGAUCCAGUCUUCGGUUUUACGACCCAACGGGGUGAAGUUCCUGCGCAUCGACGGUGCGGUCGAAUUACCGGAGCGGGAAAAAAAGAUCCAAAAGUUCGAGAAUGACACGAACGGCAAAUUCCACUGCAUGUGUCUCAGCACGAAGGUGGGGGGCGUGGGGUUGACGCUAGUGUCUGCGGACCGGGUGAUCCUGGUGGAACCCGGGUGGUCGCCGGCGAUCGAUCAACAGGUAAAUCGAUAUAGGGCGCCUUUGGUCAUGCACCUGCGCCGUACUAUAUUCAGUUUCAGUUUCAGAUUCACACUUUGUAGGGGCAGUAGUAGCAUUAGCCAAAUAGUAUCAUGAUUGAUGAUGUGGAUGUCCGUUGGCUCGCAAGUAGAAGUUACCAGGAAGUAAGGAAAAACAAAACACGCACUACCACUCAUUUCCCAACAGGCGAUGGACCGCGCGCACCGGCUUGGGCAGACGAAGGAGGUGGUCGUUUACCGUGUCAUUUCGCACAGCACUAUCGAGGACAAAAUGUUUCGGGUGCAGGUGUUCAAGCAGGGUCUUUGCAAAACGGCGCUGGGCCGAGAGAACCAGCAGCGGUACUUCAACACCGACGAAUUGAAAACGCUCUUCACGCCGAUAGAGGACGGAGAUAAAAAAGUUGUUGCUGUGAAGAAAAACAACCAAUCCGGUGGCAGUUCUUCCUCCUCCUCAUCCUCCUCUUCCGCGGUGAAGAACAAAAAUCAAGCCGACGAGGAGAACAUGCAGCUUGUCGCCGCCGAUCCCUCGGACCAGCCGCAGCACAGCACGCUGCAACUUCUCGAUUUCGAGCAGGAUAGCGAGAAGGUACUGCAAACGUUAGUGGCGGACGUAGGGGAGGUUUCGGAGGAGAACUCCUUCUGGAAACGGGCGGGGUUGAAGGGGUUCGCGGAUUACGCGGAGCUGUUUCAGAAAGAGGACGACACGGUGAAAAAGGACGCCGUUGCGGAGGAGGAAAUUCUGGAAGAGGUCGAGGAAGCCGUGGUAUUGCUGAAGUCCGAGACCUACGACCACCAAAUCUCCGACUCGCCGAAACAACUGAGCAAGAAGAGAAACAACGGCGGUGCUGGUGGGAAGAACAAAAAUGAGCUGGAUUUGGAAUUAAAUGUGCUGAUGGAUUUGGACGAAGAGGAGGAAGUCGGCGAACCGGAGUUUUUGAAAAAAGAAGAGGAUGGUGUUGAAGAAAACAAGGAAAUGCCCGAUGCAGGACCUGUGCAAGAAAAUGAACGGGCAAAAGGAGAAAAGAGCAAGAAUGAAACCAAAGAGGGUCAUCUUCUUGAGGAACAGCCAGAGAACCCUGCUCUGGCUGAAGAACAGGAAGAAGAUGAAGAGGAUUUCGAGGAGCCUGAAGAGCAAUCUUCGCCGGCCGCGGCUGAAGACGACGAAGCUGUAGGGAAUAACAAGAAGGUGCAAGAAAUAAACCGCGGACCAAAACAGGAUGUUGUCAUGCAGGACGCGGCUGAAGACAACUCGGCCCCGAUUGAGGAGGCGGACGACCAAAUGCUCACUUCGUAGGCGCUCGGAAGUACUAGCUGCGGAACGAAGUAGAAAAGUUCCGCAAAUAACUAGUCAAACGAGAAGAGACAGUACCACCAGGGUAACAAGCUCACAUCAUCUCUGCGCAACAGAGAACCGAACGGAACGGCCUACGUUGAAGUUGAUGAAUACUUUUGUACGACGUGAAGAUGAACUAAAUCGCGAGUUGACUCAUCCCAAUAAAUUGAAAGUCUAGCCCCCGGGAAACCUAGUUGGCACUGAAAUACGAGCGCAAGAUGAGUUGAAGUUGUCGUGUGAAUCUGUAAUUUGUACCCUCGAGAAUGAAGAAACACAACUGCUGUGCGGACCUGUAACACUGCCUACGAAAUAAGUAAAAUGUUUCGAAGGCCUUCUCCCAGCCUUGUUCCUUCGUCCUAUGAGGCCUGAGGAAUACGACCC